CUUCUCUGACCCAAAUACAUGUAGCUCGUUAGGUCGACAGAUCAAACUACGCAGAGAUCUGCACUAUUGUCAUCAUUUGAAGAAAACAUACACACGAGGAAAAAGCAUGCGUACCCGUUGCCGUACCCGGCAGUUUCAAGAUUGCUGUGAUUGUAAGGAGCGGGAACCAGUAUGUCCAGUGCGCGGGCUCGCUAUAGGUGAGCCCACAACGGUUUGGCACAACGUGGCCCAUCCUGCUCUCCUGAAUCGGCAUCGGGACCUGUCCUGGAUGGUCGCCCACGAGAUUCUCCCGGUCAGGGCCGUUAUGCACUCACGGGGCAUGGCGAGGACAUCCGCGUGCCCCCGACCAGGCUGCGGCCAAGAAGAGUCGGUGAGGCACAUGCUCUGGGAGUGCAGAGCCGCCAGGAACCUGUGGAAGGAAGCAGGCCCCCUGAUCUCCUCGUGUCUGCCAGCAGGGGAGGACCUAACACCUCAGCUCGUGCUGUAUGGGGUGGGCCGAAGGCCGAUUCCAUCAAAGACCUUCACCAAGCUCUGGCCCACCCUCACGUGCCUGAAGGAAGCACUGUGGUCCUCCCGUAACCUGCUGGUAGCGAAAAACGUAGAGACCACCCCCCAGGCAGUGGCCAUGGUAGCCACGGAAGCCCUGGGGUGGUACGAAAGGAAGGGUGCCUCGACCCCAGGCAAGGGUCCCCCACAACACCCUAGGUCCCGGCGGCCACGGCCUGACAGCGCUGCGGCACCUAGGGCGAUGCGCCUAGGGGAGGGAUCUCUCUGGGCCCCGAAGGACGGGACGAUGAUCUAUUCAGAAGAGCAGGAUGAGGUGAGCUUGAUAAAGACUCACCCCGCUCCUGUACAAGGGACUGAAGACAGCUUCUUAACAAAGUGGCUUUUUAACAUGUUUUUCAUGCCUUAAAAAUGUUUUACCUUUGUUAGAUCAUCAGCACACAUUUUAAAUGGCUUUUACAGAUUUGAUGUUUUUACAAAGAAAGUACUUUUAUUCAAGGUUGUUUUCAUUGGUUUUAACAACAUGUACUUUUUAACAAAUUUAAAUGUAACUUUCAAAUGCUGUGUUUUAUGCUUUGUUGCCAUUUUUAUGUGUGUAAAUGAUGUAAAAAAUGUAUGAGCUGUUUUUAAAGGAAUUGUGUCAAUAAAA